AGUUCUCGUUCUCUAUCUGGCUGUUUUCCUGUUCUAAAAAGUGGUCAAGAAUGAGUACCACACCAUCCGAUCCGUUCACUGACACUACUGAUGAUUGCGUGUUUCGGCGGCAAGUCCAACUGUCGGCUAGUCGUUCUACUACCAGCUCUGUUGCUGAGACCACCUCCCCUAUGGGUAAGGUUGAUGGCGAUGAGAAGUCAAUGAUGAACUGGAAGGAUAUCGCAACCUGCCAUCUAAUAUCACCCGGUUCGCCCGUUACUGCAGCUAUAGCAGUUGUCAAGGCGACCCUCGGUGCUGCGCCCUUCGCUGUGGCAUAUGCCAUGGCUACCGGCGGUUUCGUGGCCGGCAUAGUACUGCUCGUCGCUAUGUCUGUUCUCAACGUCCUUUCUCUGGAGUACAUCGUGGAUGUUGUGGAGAAGACCGGUAAGACAUCAUAUGUCGAUAUUGUUGAUCACCUCAUGGGUCGCAAAGUCGGUUAUAUCUUCCAGUUCGCCGUCAUUGCUUUCAGUCUGGGUAGUUGUGCUACGUACUUGGUAACGAUGUUUGAUAUUCUUUCACCUGUAUUCAGUCAACUACUCAUAGGGCAAGAAAACACUUGGUACGGUAAAAUGCUGACAGAACGAGUGUAUCUAUCCCUAGUCCUAGCUGUCUUCGUUCUCUACCCAAUUUCCCUUGUAAAGAAUAUAAGCUCUUUACGCUACCUCACCCUGUGUGGUAGUAUCGGUGUUUGUUACUUAGCAGUUGUAGCAAUCUAUCUACUAAUCUGCUACGGUCCAUCGGACUCCUUCGAGCUUAGUCACGCAGCUGGUCCUGUGAAUUGGGUCCUCUUACUCCAAGCUGUAAAUACAUUUAUUUUCGCCUCUUGUAACCAAGCCAACAUACCAGAGAUAUACGCUGAAAUGCAUCCUCGCAGUCUGGGUCGUAUGCGAUGGGUGGCUGUGGUUUCAGCUGUGAUUUCGCUGGCAGCCUACAUAUCAAUUGGCGUCAUUUAUUUCGUAGUGUUUGGCUACGACACACAGAGCAAUAUCAUCCUUAAUCUCAGCGCAUGGAUUCCGGAGGGCAACGUUGUGGUCAUUGCCGCUUUUAUUCUCUCCGGCAUUGCUUUCAUCGUGUCGUAUCCUCUCAACGUCCAUCCCAUCAAGGUUACAAUUCUCAAUGCCGCCAAGCCAAAGCGACCCGAUCUAUGGGCUGUCGUUAUCGUUACUUCGGUCAUUGCGAUCUCUUAUGUGGUUGCAGUAGUGCUACCCGAUGUUUCUGUUAUCCUCGGUCUGGUCGGUGCGAUUGCCGGUUCGAUCCUUAGUUUCAUCGCUCCUGGUGCCUUCGCAUUGGCGAUUUCUGAGAAGAGGUUUAAAUUCUUCUGUCGAGAGAAUAUCAAACCUUCUCUGUUGUCCAUCUUCGGUUGCAUAACACUUGUUUUGGGUACCUGUAUAUCUUUCUAUCAGAUUAUCGAGUACUAUAGCAACUAG